GCACUCACGGGUCCUAAUUAUCUUGGCUAAAUGUCUGUGUUUUCUUUUUUCCAGGAGGGAAACUUCGCUAGAUUUUUGCUUUGAGUUUGACGCGAAUUCCCAAUUAAACGGCUCUUGAUAGAGUACAGUACUCAUCUUCACUGACGAGGUUUUCAAUCAUUAAGUGGGUCACAAGUCAUGUCUGGUAUAGCGUUAAGUCGUCUCGCACAAGAACGAAAGGCUUGGCGGAAAGACCAUCCUUUUGGUUUUGUAGCCGUACCGACAAAAAACCCUGAUGGAACGAUGAACUUGAUGAACUGGGAGUGUGCCAUCCCAGGGAAAAAAGGAACACCGUGGGAGGGAGGCUUGUUCAAACUUCGGAUGCUGUUCAAGGAUGACUAUCCUUCCUCUCCACCAAAGUGUAAAUUUGAGCCUCCUUUAUUCCAUCCGAAUGUAUAUCCGUCUGGUACCGUAUGCUUGUCUAUUUUAGAGGAAGACAAAGACUGGAGGCCUGCCAUUACAAUCAAGCAGAUCUUGCUAGGAAUCCAAGAACUCCUUAAUGAACCAAAUAUUCAGGAUCCCGCACAGGCUGAGGCAUACACAAUUUACUGCCAAAACAGAGUGGAGUAUGAAAAAAGGGUCAGAGCACAAGCCAAAAAGUUCUCACCGUAAACCAAGAUUUCUCAUUUAAUGGAAAUGGGUUUUGACCAGGUCUCCUCACCCCUGUUCGAGCCCACCACCCCACCUACCUUUCAUAUCCACUUCAUACUUAUUUACUGCUGGGCUUAAAGAAAUGAAUGUGUUGUGCCAUUGUCAAUCCACCGAUGCUCACCCUAACAAACUCUUCCUGGAGGUUUUAAAUUCGGUCUUUUGUAUAAAAAGUCUUUUUUCCCCUUCGAAGUUGGGCAAAUCCACAGCAGAGGAGUUCACAAUAGGUUGUGUAGCUUUUUUUUUUUAUUAUUUAAUUUUUUUUUGGGGGGGGGUGGGGUUGCUAAGUAACAGUGCUACAUAUUUGCAAAAAAAAAAAAAAGGCACAAACAUCCACAUGCAGAAGAAAUGAUAUUCCACAGAGGCAUGAGCCUAAAACUUUUGUUUUGCUGAAUCUUUCUUUUCUUUUUCUUUUUUUUUUUUUUUUCUCAGACUGGCCUCCUUAGUCUCUUUCAUGGUUUUAAUGAUUUAAAACUUGCUAUUAAUGUCAGUAUUUCAACUGCUGUAAAAUGAUACUUUUAUACUUUCUUUACUUUGAAUUAGUGUCUAGAGAGAUUUCCAUUCCUGAUGCAGGCAGUGUACUAAGCAUGUAUCGUUCAGUAUGAUAGCAUUGUGCCUCGGCCGUCUGUGUUUCACAAAAAGAAAAAAAAAAGACUUGCGUACAAGGCCUCUGAAUCAAAUGGUUAGUUAACCGCUGCAUCAGUCUCUUUGUGUUUAUAUGGUGUUUUGUUCAUGUAAGUGUAUAGAGUAAAUAAAAAUGUUUAUACAAAGCCA